AUAAUAAUUACCUAUUCGACCUGAGUCGUUCUCAGUCGCUACGGGACAUUGGUGAUGUCCUAACCAGGAAUAUGUCAGUAACCCUUUCCUGACAGUGUCCGCGUGGUAAUAUUUUCAUGAUAAACCUGUCUUCGAAAUUGAACGUGCAAAACCUCGUUAAAAUAAAACGUGAUAUAAUUAGAUCGUAAAAAAAAUGAAAUCCUCCUGGUGCUUUGGAUUAUUGGCUGUUCUAAUUUUCACCACAGUGGCUUGUCAAGCAAGCACGUUAGGUGAAAAAGUGAAAAAUUUUUUUGGGAUCUUUGGUAACAAACCACCGUAUUCUGUAGAAGCACCUGGGCCAUGUUAUUGCAACUGCGGACUGCGAAACGAGGAAAGUCGAAUAGUUGGAGGUCAAACAACUCGUAUGAACGAAUUCCCAUGGAUGGCAAGGUUAUCGUAUUUGAAUAAAUUUUAUUGUGGUGGAACUUUAAUAAACGAUCGCUAUGUCCUCACUGCUGCUCAUUGCGUCAAAGGUCCUAUUUUCAGAUUCAUGUGGUUCAUGAUCAAAGUCACCUUCGGCGAACACGACAGGUGUAUCGAAAAGGGAGCCGAAACUAGAUACGUAGUCAGAGUACUGACAGGUGAUUUUAGCUUCCUCAAUUUUGACAACGAUAUCGCCCUAUUGCGGUUAAACGAGAGGGUACCUUUAAGUGACACCAUAAGACCUAUAUGUCUACCAUCUGUAAGAGAUAAUCAAUAUGUCGGGACAAAAGCAAUUGCAUCCGGCUGGGGUACGUUACACGAGGACGGAAAGCCAUCUUGUCUUUUACAGGAAGUCGAAGUACCGGUUAUGAGCCUUAUGGACUGCCGUAACACUAGCUAUAGCCCUCGCAUGAUUUCUGAUAACAUGAUAUGUGCUGGAUAUCUUGAUGGCAAAAAGGAUUCUUGUCAAGGAGACAGCGGAGGACCGCUCAUAGCUGAACGCGAAGACAAGAAAUACGAACUAAUAGGUGUAGUAUCGUGGGGUAAUGGAUGCGCCCGGGAAGGAUAUCCUGGUGUUUAUACAAGAGUCACACGAUACAUAGAUUGGAUCAUUUAUCAUUCCCGAGAAGGAUGUUUCUGUGAUCAAAACUAAAUGCAAUAGUUGCGUGUACUUAGGCAGUACAGGAACAAGAAAAACCAAACCGUUGCUUUUUUAUAAUAAAUUAUUCUGUAAAUCCUCCCGAAUAAAGUAACCUAUUACUUCCAA